AUGUCUGAUGCUUCUGAGCCACAUGAUGAAGACCUACUGGCGAGACUUGGAGCCUGUGCGAGGACAGAGCCUGGGAGACCUGUGCAGGCUGAUGGUGCGACUGCAGCAGGGAUCUGGGACCUACUGGACCCAAGUUUCCCAAAAAUGGUCCAGUUUGCUGGAGUACUGACGGAACUCUGCAAGGAAUUUGGUGAAAUCAGUGGGGAUAUCAUGGAUGACAAGGAACGUGACAAGAUCAAGAAAGACGGAGAGACCUUUGACGCGUUGAAGAAAGAAUUUGAGAGGGUGACGACUGCGCUGGACUCCUGUUUGAACCUGACAAAGGAAGACGAGAAAGUGAAGGAGAAGAAGAAGAAGACUAAGAAAAGUGUGGUUGUUUCUUCCAAAAAGAGCAAACCUGUCAACAAGAAAGUGUCAAGAAAAUCUCCUGCAAAACCAGCUAGUCAAAAGCCUCUUUCUUUGCCGACCAUGCAAGAAUUUAAUGCCUGGGGACUGAAUGCUCGCCCGCUGUUCGAAAGCGUUUCUUCAAUGAACCCCUUGGAUUUCUCGCAGCAUGACUACAUUGGAGACAUUCUUGGGAAAUUAGAUCCAUCAAACCUGGACAUUCCAAACUGGGAAACCAGACUCGUGGAAAAGUGCAAAACUUACUUGAAUCAACAAGAGCCCAAGCCUGAAGUUUCAAUCAUGAAUUUUUGCCUGUAUUCCACUGAUGGGGAAUCCACCUGGCCCUUGAUUUCCCAGAGGGCCCUGGACUCUGACACGGAAUACUUCAUGGCUGUCACAGGCACUAUUCAAUCAGACUUUGAAGGAGAUGAAGGAUGGACUCUGGAGACUGUGUGUCACAGUUUGGUGGACUUCGCUAGGGCCAAUCCUGGGAAGCUGCAUGCUGAAGCCCUUUUACACCUUUUCAGGGAAGAAAGGCAUCUUUUGAAGUGUAUUGAACAACUUGAGGGUCAUUUGGCACCAUUGGGGAUGAAGAACAGGUUUGGUCUCACUCCAAUCAUGGUGGUGGUGAGGAGGAAUUUCAGUGAAAGAGUGCUUGAGGCAUUGUUGAAGCAAGCUGAGGGGAUGAGGGCUGUUUUGGAUGCUGCUGACCCCAGGGGAUACACUGCUGCUCAUUAUUGUGCUGCUGAGAAUUCUCCUCAGCAUUUGCAAGUCCUGGUUCGGUAUGGGGCUAACCUGACUCUCCAGGAUGGUUCGAACAAGACCCCGCUGUAUGUCGCCAUGGCCAGAAACAACGAAGCCUGUAUUUCCGCCUUGAGGGAAGCCCAAGGGAUCGAGUACUACCCAGAGAUGAACAGGAUUGGGUCAGUGUUCUCAGGGUUGCCAGAUAUCUAUGAGCCUUCACAGCCGCAAUCGCACUUGGCAACCACUGGAAGCAAACUUGUUGGUUACAUCAGGAGAGAGCUGCCUGGUCUCCUCGGAAUGAACCCAUCAUUGGUUGUGGUUCCCCCGAGGGACAAUUGGUUUCCUGCAGUCUGUCCUUAUCCGGAUCAGGGUCGAAAAUUGGGUUGGGAAGCUGAGCAAAAUGUUUUCGGCAAACUACACUACGCCCUUCAACUGCUUCAUGCAUUCAGUGUACUCCUGAUGGAAGUGAAGAACAUCACACGCACUCGCGAUAUCGCGCGGAAAGGAGCCAAGUCGGAAACUCGAGGCGAACACGCCUUGAACCAAAUGGAAACCCACUUGAAAGCCCUCGGUGAACAUUUACAAAUCGAUCCCAGCAGUUGGGUCACGGGUUGCCUCGCGUUGCCCGAUUUCCCCGUGAAAGGUUCUCCCGCGUCUCUAACCGAAGCCGAGAUCGUAUUCACGGAAGCUGCAUCGAAAUACGAAGGCAGAAACGUCAUGUUGUGCCGAGACGUUCUCGAAGAUACACUCGCGCUGAAAGAAUGGCUGAGUGGGCAUUUAUCGCCGUGUAGUAGCGAGAGACGGGAGGAAUUCCAUAGGAUCCUGUGUUGGGCUUUGAUGUUGUGCAUGGGAGUGGCCGUGAAUGCCGUGGAUUUCCACAUGAGUGCUCCGAAUGGCAUCGUUGCUCUGUUGACGUGCAAGCAAAAGUCCGUGCUCACGCAUCACUCGAAAAACGCGCUCUUGGUGUUGGGUGGCUCGGGCACGGGGAAAACGUUUCUGGGAGUGCAAAAGCUCAAGUCUUUGCGAGACACGGGUGUCAUUUCGAAGCACAAACUCGCGUAUUUCGUCGUUGCGCGAAAGAAUGUCGGUCUUUGCAUGGAUCUACGGCAUCAGCUCGAAGGAAUCACGGGAGCCGAAAUGUAUCCGGUGGGAGAUGGUUGGCAAGAUGCGGAUAUUGAGUCUCUAGAGCGGAUUUUAGAUGAACUCCUCAACGAGUGCCGCGAAGGAAGAGUGUCUUGCGUGAUUUUCGACCAGUUGGAAGAUUACCCGGGGUUUUUCUCGUCGGAACUCUUUCGAAGAAUGAUGUCCAUCGACGAUUUCGACUUGUUGUGGUUGCUAGCGAACCCGUACGACCUCCCGGAACAAGACCGGAAUCCCCUGAUGACCUAUCUUGAACACCAACAGGGCAUCGUGCUCGACAAAAGAAUAAGGAACACGAAAAUCCUUAGUUCUGCUAUCGAACACCUCGAGUCUUCGUUGCCCUUGCAGGUUACCUUCAUCCCGGAGCCCGUGGGACACCCGGGAAACCCGUUGUUGUUUGAGUUUGUCGAAAAUGACUUGGAAGUCGCCGACAGAAUCGCCAGAAUCAUCGAGGCACUGGUUCAGAAUAUGCAAAUUGAGCCAGAAGACAUCGUAGUUGUGGUUGAUGGAUUCAGUGAUGGCAUCCUGGUGAACUUGGAUGCUUAUCUGGUGCAAAGGUUCCAAGUGACCAGUAAGACUGGUGCAAGUAUGGCUCCUAUUCUUGUCCAGUGUCCAGUGGUUGGCCCAAGGUUCCACUUGACCCCUGAGCAACUGGACAAGGCCUAUGUCCAGUUCCUAGACUUCAAAGAGAAUCUAAAAACCAAGUUUAAGGACUUCAAAUCAAAUUUGAAGCAUGUGUCAUCAAAAGAAGAUUUGGUUUCACAAAAGGUGUCUGGGUUGCUCCUGAGAGCCAUGACAAAAUCUUUGGUGGACAGUGACCUAUCUGACGUGACUGUGCAGGACUUGUUUAGAAACUUGUUUGAUUCAGUGACUAACAAGACCCAGCUUUCCCAUAAGCUAGUUCACACCCACAGGUAUUUGUCUGUGUUGGAGAGGAAGGCAGUGAGAGGGUUUGAGGCCAAGGUCAUUGUUGCUCAUGUGGAUUUCUCUGACUAUCCAUCUAAUGGAAAGUCUGAUGCUGCUCCAGAUGUGGUAGUGUCAAGGGCAAAGGUGAUGGGGGUGCUGGUUGUUGAUGAGGUGGACAAAGACAGGAUUGAGGCCAUGUGGCAUACAAAGGUGCACAGGCUCGAUCUCCUUGCCAUGGCUUUGAAAGCGGCAUGUAUCCUGGCCUCGUUCGUGAUAAUCCCCACCUUGGCAUUAGAAUGUUAUGUGUGUAAGAACCAACUGCAAAACAGCGGUGUUUGCGAUGCUCAAGCCAUUUCCUGCCUUCCGGAACAAGACACGUGUCUCACCAAGCUGCAUUCUGAGCAAAUCUCUCGCGCCAUCGAAUCUCCAGGUUUGCGAUUUUACGUGUCCAAGUCUUGCUCAAAUUCCACCGUUUGCAACGAGGAAGCUGCUUCUACGCGAAAGCUGUGCUCUCAGUUGUGGUACAAGAACGUGGACUGCGUUUCUUGCUGCUCGCACGACCGCUGCAACCGUGAUAUCGACUUCAAUAUGUUCGUUGAGAAGGCUUAA